GGUAAUAACAGCACAAUCACAGCUAAAACCAUAGAUGCAACUAAUAUUGACAAUAGCGGAACUAUUAACGGCGAUUCUAGUGCUGCAUCAACAAUAACAGCUACUAAUAUUAAGAACAGUAAAAAUAUAACUAAAGGUGGUGGUAAAUUAACAAUAGUUGCCACCGAACUUACUAAUACCGCAGGCGGAACAAUUGGCACUUCAGGAGUAGCACUUACUGAGAUUAGUGUAACAACAAGCAUUGAUAAUAGUCAUUUAAUUUAUGCUGGUACAAUAAAAGCUACUGCAAUUAAUAAUAAGAAUGGUACAAUCACUGCUGAUUUUGCUUUACCAGCCACUACCAAUAAAACCUCAAAAAUAACUAAUUUUGCAAAGGCAAAUAUUGUAUCUUCUAGCAUGGUUGUUACGGAAGUUAGUAAUUCUGGAGCAAUAAGAGGCACUAACUUAACAAUAGUUGCCACUGAGCUUACUAAUAGCGUAGGCGGAACAAUUGGUGCUUUAAAUGCAGCACUUACUGAGAUUAGUGUAACAACAAGCAUUGAUAAUAGUCAUCUAAUUUAUGCUGGCACUAUUACUGGUGCUGGUUUAACAAUAAAUAAUAAAGCACUUGGAAUUAUAUAUGCCACAACAAUAACAACGGCAAAUAUAACCAACCUUGGUGAGAUUGGCACUGUUACCUCAGGAAAAGCUUUUAAAACUAAAACUAUAACAGCAAACACAAGCAUUGAUAAUAGUCAUCUAAUUUAUGCUGGUAAGAUUCACGGUACCGAUUUAACAAUAAAUAAUAAGCUUGCAGCUAGUAAAAUUAUAGCUACUGAAAUAACAGCAAAAGAUAUAACCAACCUUGGUGAGAUUGGCACUGUUACCUCAGGAAAAGCUGUUACUACUAUAACAGCAACAGGAAAAAUUGAUAAUAGCCUAAAUAUUUUUGCUGAUACUAUAGAAGCAAAUCAAAUUGAUAAUGAUGGUGCUAUUAAUUUAACAGGAGGCAAUAAAACAAUAACAGCCCCUACAAUUAAUAAUACAGCAAAUGGAACCAUCAACGCUAAGUUUGCUAAUGCUAGUGGCGGCACGACUAUAACCAAUAGUGGUGGAACUAUUGAGUCUGCUGAAAUAAAAGUAAAAAUAAUCAAUAAUACAAAAGGAACCAUCAAAGCUAAGUUUACUAAUGCAUCAGGCAACACAAAACUAACAAAUGCAAGCGGUGCUAAUAUUGAAUCAACUGAUAUAACCGUAAAUGAGAUUGAUAAUAGCGGAGAGAUUGGCAAGACUACUCCAGUGGCAAAAAUAGAAGCCAAGACAAUCAAUAACAAAGCCGGAACCAUCAAAGCUAAGUUUACUGAUGCUAGCACCAAACUAACCAACGCCCAAAAUGCCAAAAUUGAAUCAACUGAUAUAACUGUAGAUACAAUUGAUAAUAGCGGCGAUAUUGGAGCAGCUGGUACGCCAGUAACAAGCAUAACAGCAACAACAAAAAUUGAUAAUAGCAAUAAAAUUUAUGCUAAAAAAAUUACCGGUACUAGUUUAGCAAUAAACAAUCUGGUAACAGCUAGUAAAAUUGUAGCUGAUGAAAUAGAAGCCACGACAAUCAAUAACAACGCCGGAACCAUCAAAGCUAAGUUUACUAACAGCAAUACAACUAUAACUAACGGUGCUGCAACAGGUAAAAAAGCUAUUAUUGAGAUAACAGCAGAUAACAGCACUGCUGCGAUGCAUGUAGAUAAUUACACAGGUCAAGACGGUAACGACGAGUUGCAUAUAAAUUUUUCUGGAGCACUCAGUGGUCUUAAUGGUUUAACUGAUGGAAUAAUUCAUAUAGCUACAAAAGCUACAUUUGCAAGCACUUCUAAAAUUAUUCUUUGUAGUGAUGCAGCAAACAAAGCAACAAGUGCUACUAACACAGCUAUUAAUUUAAUUAAAUUAGAUACAACUAAUCAACAACUCACUGUAAAUGGUCAUAGCACUGUAAAUAAUACUAUACUCGAUUCUAUUCUUUAUACUAAGGUGUUUAGCGGUUCUAAUAACAGUAAAAAGUAUGCAAUAAUAGCAAAAAAUAUUAAAUAUAAUAAUAGUAUUCUAUCAGCUACUUUAAAGGCAGAAGAAACUAAAACUGGUACGGUUGGUGACGAGACUUUGGUUACAACAUUUAUAGCUGCUCAAAAAGCACUUGCUGGACAAACUAAAAAUGCAAAAGCUACAACUAAUCUUAAUGCUUCUUAUGUUGCUAAUGUUUUAACAUUAAAACCUGGAUCGCGUAAUAAAUGUUAUUUUGAUUUGAAUUCAAUACCCACAGGUAGUAAUGGUGGUAUUUACUCUAAAAUAUCUGAUAUAAAAAAACUAGAAAUUGAAAGUAAUACAACUGGUGCUACUAGUUUUGAGUUUAAAUUUAAACAACAAGAUUCUUCUAAAGUAUUAAAUUUAACUGAUGGUUUGGUUAUAGAUGACAAUGUAACAAUAACUAACGACUUUACUAUAAACGACGUCAAUAUAAUAAUAAACGCUGAUAUUGUAAAUAAUGGUACGAUUACAAAAGGGGUUGUUAUUGGUGAAAGUAGUAAGACAGCAUUUCCUUUAAGGCCUGGAACUACUACAAAUGCAAAUACAACAGCUAAGUUUACUAACUUAGGUACAGUUAAUGGUGGGUUUGAUAUUAAGGGGCAAGAAGCUACGGGUGCUAGUGGUAAUAAUGUAGAUACUUUUGAAUUAGUUAAUGGAAAUGGCACAACAGCUGGUAAUAUCACUGGUAAUAUUACAUUAGAUUCUAAUGACAGUUCUUUAAAAUUCAAACUAACCAACACUCAAGGCACGAUCAGCUCUAAUGAAAUAUCUGUAACUUAUAUUGAUAAUAAAGAAACUAUUAAAAACAACGGUAGUAGCUUAACAAUAACCGCCACCGAGAUUACUAAUACAACUUCAAGCGGUGCAAUUACAGCCACAGAGAUUACCACCACUGAUUAUACAAAAUCAAAAAUAAUUAAUCAGACAGGUGCAAAAAUUGAAGCUGAUAGUAUAACAAUAAAUAAAAUUGAAAACAGCGGAACAAUUGGGAAAUCUGAUGGCUCUAAUGCUUUAAUAAUUACAGCAUCAAAAACUUAUAAUAGCGGAACCAUCAAAGCUAAGUUUGUUUAUUCUGGUGGCGACACGAGUAUAAUCAACAGCGGUGGAACCAUUACCUCCAAGGAAAUAAAAGUAAAAACAAUCAAUAAUAACAAAGGCACCAUCAAAGCUAAGUUUGCUAUACCUACUAGUGGCACCACCAAGACAGCAUCAAUAAUCAACAAAGCCAUUAUCGAGAUAACAGCAGCGGCUCAAACCGCAAUGAAAGUGGAUAACUACACAGGCGAAGAUAAGAGUGAGUUAUGUAUAUUAUUUAGUCAGCUUAGUAAGAUUACUGGCCCAAUAAUUAAUAUAACUAAAGCAGCUACAUUUACUAGCACUUCUAAAAUAGUACUUUGUGGUGAUGCAAGCACUGCUAGUACAGCAAAAGCAAAAGCAAAAGUAAAUGUUACUUUAAUUACAGCAGCAACAAUAAAAGUAGCUACUGGAACCGAUGCUAAUGCUUCUUGGCUAACAACAGGAGGCACUAUACUCGAUGGUAUUCUCUACUCUCGAGUAUUUGAUAAAAAUAAAAUAAUAAAAGCAAGUUCAAUUAUAUUUGAUGCUGGCAGUAUAACAGUAGAUUUAAAAGUAGUUAAGGCUACUACAGGUGCUACUGAUACUUUGAGUAAAGACGUAGUAGCUGAUACCUCCUCAACUUCACAAUCAAGCAACGCAUCACCUGGAACAACCACAACGAAAACAAAACAUUUAGAAAAAACAAUCAAACACGAAGUAGCACACCAAGCUGUAGCUAGUAUGCCUAAGCAGGUAGCUAAUAUAGAUUUAGGUGAGUUAGUAGCUGAAAUUCAACAUGAAGAAUAUUAUCAGCAAGCAGCAAGCAAAUAUUCUGACCCUGAAGCCUUUGCCGAUGCUAUACUACCAGACACUUCUAAUGCGCAGGUAACUGCUAGUUCUAAUAUAGCUAAUAAGCUAGCGGAUAAUAUUAGCUCGCAUGCGAUUAGUAAGGUCGGUUCAUCUUCACGCCCUGCUAAAAAUCUAGGUAUUAGUUCUGGUGAUUUAACCGAUGAGAUUACAGUUUGGGCUGGCUUUAGUUAUAUUUUAAGUUUAGAAAAUCCUAAUGCUGAAAAACACGACUACAGCCAUACUAAUGCUAUGGUGUUUAAUUUAGGUGCAGAUGGCAAGCUAGAAAACGAUAUUAAUAUCGGCUUAUCUUACGGUUAUAGCAGAGCUAAUGCUAAGGUUAAAGGUGGCUCGGCAUCUAAAGAUAAAGCAGAACAUACAAUUAAUUAUCAUUCCCUAGCAGCAUACGCUUCCACUGGUUUUAAAGAUAUAGAUACUAGCUUAAGCGUAAAUUAUUCUUAUGUCAGUAGCUCUGGUAAAGAUUUAGAUAAAAAAAUAGAUCCUUAUGGCACUAAUAUUGUUGGCUUUAAUAGUGCUGCUAUCUAUUCGCUAUUGAGUCAUGCAAAUACUAGUAUAGAUAUUAUUGCUAAUAUAGGUGCUAAUAUUAUAAUGGUUGGCAAACAUAAAAAUAAAUCUGGUAAAGAUACUCAAGAAUCUACCAAUAAAUUAUUUAACACUGGUAUUGGUUGCGCCAUUAACAAGACAGUUGCCUUAAGUGAGAAAAAUCAAUUUUCUUAUAAUCUAGCUAGCGUUUAUAAAUUUACUAAAACAGCUGAGAACAAAACUAAAGUAGAAGUUACUAGCGGACAUACUGUUGAAAUAAUGCCUCGUGCUCCUGGGGCUCAUAAAUUAAAUAUCGAUGCCUUGCUUAAUUUAGAGCUAAAUAAAAAACUAAGUUUUGAUUUAGACCUUAACUUAACUUUAGGUUUAGGUCAGUCUCUGCUAGAAUUCGGCGGUAGUUUUGUAACGCGCUAUGCGUUUUAA